ACGUGGGCGGUGGCGGCGGCUGCAUCACAAAGGCGCCCACGCCAGAGCGACCCCGGGCUGCGAGCGGUCCCGGCGCUGGAGAGGCCGCGGGGAGUCGGGAGUGGGCUGCAGCCGCCGCCAUGGUCUCCGUCGGGACCAACACGGACCUCAAAGGGCUUGUUCACUGCCAUUUGCCGAAGUUAUCGCGCAAACAUGGGAUGAUUCCAACGCAUUACGUGAUGCCCUGGAAAGAAGACAUGAAGAACAGGAAAUUCACUUUAAAGCAUGCAGAGGUUGUUGGGAUAUAUAGUGGUGCCACAGAAGAUAGUCUGUUUUUGGAGCACAGAGAAAGACUUUGCCAUGGAGAAGAAAGAAAACACAUACGGGAGAAGAUUCCUCAGGAAAUAAUGAUUGCAGAUAUUCCCAUAUAUUCUCAUCUCUCCAGAUACCAGAAGUCUGUGAUUGCUCACGCAUGGAGGAUGAAACUCUGACCUGCUUUUUCUCUCAAUACAGUCAUGUUUGAACUGUAUAGGCUAUGAAGUUUAAAUCUGCUGCAAGAAAAAA